CACGUGGCGUCGGCUGCGCAUGCGCGUGCUCGGGGCCUUGCCGGCGUCUCCGCGCAGACCAGGGAAGCAGGGUCCGGUGGGGCGGUGGCGGAGUGGCUCGCAUGGCUCCCGGAAGCGCAGCGGGGAGAGUGACGACUUUGGAUGCGCUUUGCCCCAGGGCCUUUCCUCAUGGAGCUGGCCUUUUCCCUGCCCUUCUCUUCUGGCGCGGUGAACUGCCUCCCUUCUCCUGGAUCACUUUGCUGGCGGCCGCCUUGUAACACCUCAGCCACAGGUGCAGCAGUGUCCUGGGUCCAGGCUCACCUCUGUGGAACCAUCCUGCUGCUCAUCCCAGGGCCCCGGGGACAUGUGUGCUUUCUCGCAGGAGCAUACUUCUUUGAUUAAAGGAAGAGAGAGAGUACUGGGCAGAUAAAGCUGGAAAAUGCGAAGAAGCUCAAAGUGAAGAAGCCAAAGCAGAAAAAUCAGGGAAGAUGGGGUGAAGACCAGCAGUGCUUGAGAGAAGAAAAUAAAUUCUCCGUUUCAAAAGAAAAUCCAGGGCGGGACGAUCCUAUUGUCAGUCUUUGUUUCCGCUUGAGCAGAGUUAGGAAUCCACAGGACUGCGGAGCUGGUUGGUAACGCGAGCCGCCUCUGACAGACUGGAGCCUGUGCUGAUGACUGUGGCUGUGAUGAAAUCAUGCCUGUGACCACAGCAGCUCUCCAGAUUUGCACAGAUCACCAAGCCAGUGAAGACUAAUAACCAUGAAAAGCCACCCAAGAAAAAAGGCCAAACCCUUCAGAGACUUCCUGUUGCUCUGAGGACACUCAUCCCAGCCGAACAGGCCCACCAGGCCCCUGACAGCACUACCUGGCUGGGGUCACGUGCGGGUCUCCUGGCUCUGGCAGGUGGGAGGAGGAGAAGCGCGAAGACAGGGUGAAGUGGAGACAGCUGGAGCACAAGGGCCCGUACUUCGCACCCCCAUACGAGCCCCUUCCUGAUGGAGUGUGUUUCUUCUAUGACGGAAAGCCCAUGAGAUUGAGCGUGAAAGCGGAAGAGGUUGCCACUUUUUAUGGGAGGAUGUUGGAUCAUGAAUACACAACAAAGGAGGUUUUCCGGAAGAACUUCUUUAAUGAUUGGCGAAAGGCAGGCCGUAGGUGUGGAGCCGGAUUGGUGGUAGCCUGACUCCAUGGACCGCUGAAAGGACAGGGGUCUGGCAUGUAAGAGGGAGAGUGGAGGAGGCCACUGCCAUUUCCCAGCCCCCGGGAAGACAGGUUUGGAAAUGACAGUGGAAGAGAGAGAAGUCAUCAAGAGCCUGGACAAGUGUGACUUCACAGAGAUCCACAGAUACUUUGUGGACAAGGCCGCAGCCCGGAAAGUGCUGACCAGGGAGGAGAAGCAGAAGCUAAAAGAAGAGGCCGAAAAACUUCAGCAAGAGUUUGGCUACUGUAUUUUAGAUGGUCACCGAGAAAAAAUAGGCAAUUUCAAGACUGAGCCGCCCGGCUUGUUCCGUGGCCGUGGCGACCAUCCCAAGAUGGGGAUGUUGAAGAGGAGGGUCAUGCCGGAGGAUGUGGUCAUCAACUGCAGCAGGGACUCGAAGAUCCCCAAGCCACCGGCGGGGCACCAGUGGAAGGAGGUGCGCUCCGAUAACACUGUCACGUGGCUGGCAGCGUGGACCGAGAGCAUUCAGAACUCCAUCAAGUACGUCAUGCUGAACCCUUGCUCGAAGCUGAAGGGGGAGAAAGCUUGGCAGAAGUUUGAAACAGCUCGACGCCUGCGGGGAUUUGUGGACGAGAUCCGCUCCCAGUACCAGGCUGAUUGGAAGUCUCAGGAAAUGAAGACGAGACAGCGGGCGGUGGCCCUGUAUUUCAUCGAUAAGCUGGCGCUGAGAGCGGGAAAUGAGAAGGACGACGGUGAGGCGGCCGACACGGUGGGCUGCUGUUCUCUCCGCGUGGAGCACGUCCAGCUGCACCCGGAGGCUGACGGCUGCCAGCACGUGGUGGAAUUUGACUUCCUGGGGAAGGACUCCAUCCGCUACUACAACAGAGUCCCGGUGGAGAAGCCUGUGUACAAGAACUUACAGCUCUUUAUGAAGAACAAGGACCCCCAGGACGACCUCUUCGACAGGCUCACCACAACCAGCCUGAACAAACACCUCCACGAGCUGAUGGACGGGCUGACGGCCAAGGUGUUCCGGACCUACAACGCCUCCGUCACUCUGCAGGAGCAGCUGCGGGCCCUGACACGUGCCGAGGACAGCAUAGCAGCCAAGAUCUUAUCCUACAACCGAGCCAACCGAGCCGUGGCCAUUCUCUGCAACCAUCAGCGAGCGACCUCCAGCACGUUUGAGAAGUCGAUGCAGAAUCUCCAGACCAAGAUCCAGGUGAAGAAGGAGCAGGUGGCUGAGGCCAGGGCAGAACUGAGGAAGGCCAGGGCCGAGCACAAAGCCCAAGGGGAUGGCAAGUCCAGGAGCCUCUUCUCUUGCCAGUGUCCUGGAGAAGAAGAGGCGGCUCCUGGAGAAGCUGCAGGAGCAGCUGGCGUGGCUGAGUGUGCAGGCCACGGACAAGGAGGAGAACAAGCAGGUGGCUCUCAGCACAUCCAAGCUCAACUACCUGGACCCCAGGAUCAGCAUUGCCUGGUGCAAGCGAUUCAGGGUGCCAGUGGAGAAGAUCUACAGCAAAACACAGCGGGAGAGGUUCGCCUGGGCUCUCGCCAUGGCAGGAGAAGACUUUGAAUUCUAAUGACGAGCUGUGUCUGUGUUGAAACUUCUUUUGUGGGUUUUUUUUUUUUCACUAUUAAAGCAGUAUUGGGGAAUUUUGUACAAUAAAAUGUUGUGUGAAGUGUUUGUGUGUCACUACAGAAAAAGUCCCCAGGCCAUGUUGUGUGAAGUGUUUGUGUGUCACUACAGAAAAAGUCCCCAGGCCAGGCACAGUGGCUCACACCUGGGAUCUUGGUAUUUUAGAGGCCUGAGGCCAAAGGAUCACUUGAGUGGAGGCUGAGGCUGCAGUGAGCUGUGAUUGUGCCCCUGCACUCCAGCCUGGGCAACAGAGCAAGACCCCAUCUCAAAGAGAAAAGUCCCUGACGCCUGCCCUGUCCUUUGAAGCACUGCCUCCACCCCCGAGCACGGAGUCCGCUGGGCUGUCACAUCCAAUCAGCGUCCGAGCCUGGACCCCGGGUUCCUGCUUGACGGGGGAGGAGACCGAGCACGGAGUCCGCUGGGCUGUCACAUCCAAUCAGCGUCCGAGCCUGGACCCCGGUUCCUGCUCGAGGGGGAGGAGACCGAGCACGGAGUCCGCUGGGCUGUCACAUCCAAUCAGCGUCCGAGCCUGGACCCUGGUUCCUGCUCGAGGGGGAGGAGAUACACCUUCGUGUGCUCUGAGGCUGAGCACCUUCGGCAAGGAUCCCACAUUUGCACACGCGCCACCCUCUCAGCAGGGGCCUGGACUCUUCAAGUUCUUCGGUGCCUGGAACUCAGGAAGGGCACAGUUACUGCCUGGUCACUAAGCCCGAUGGCCCCUGUUUAGUUUUCAUCACAUCCACACUCUCUAGACGAGAGAUCAUAGAAAUAAAUACACAAGACAGAGAUACAAGACAGCUGGGCCCGGGGGACCACUCCCACCAAGACGCGGAGACCGGUAGUGGCCCCGAAUGCCUGGCUGCGCUGUGAUUUAUUGGAUACAAGGCAAAAGGGCAGGAGUGUGAGUCGUCUCCAGUGAUAGAUGCUUUAGGUACUGAUUUUCUCUUCUCUGCCUGCAUCACAAGGGCUUCCUUCUGCAACCGUGACCUCAGAAGGGCUCUCCUGGGGGAUGCAGGACCGCAGCAGCCCCGAGCAACCGAGCACAGCCAAGGAAUAGGUCCCGGGGAGGCCAGGACUCGGGCCCUCGCACCUGCAGCCACAGGAGCACCGUGUCCCUGCGGUUCUGAGCCACCAGGUGUUUGGGUGGGCCAUUACCCAGCAAGUUCUAAUAGAGACACUGGGUCCCAAAGUGGGGGCUGCUAUGGACUGAAUAUUUGCUCCCCACCUCCAGUUCACAUGUGAAAGUCCUAACCCCCAGUAAGACGGUGUUGGAGGUGGGGCCUUUGGGAGGGGAGCAGGUUAGAGAAGAUCCUGGGGGAUCGUCACGAUGAGAUGAGCAUCCUCAAGGGAGGAGACACUGGAGCCUCCUCUCCAGGAGCAGGCAUGGGGACGGCCACAUGAGCAAGAGGCUGCUGUAAAUAAGCCAGGGGCGGUCCCUCCCCAGGAACUGGGUCUGUGGCACCUGGAGGCUGGACUCCCAGCCUGCAGAGCUGGGAGAAAUAAAUGUCUGCUAUGAA